AUGACUUCCCUAACUCUGACACCGCUUUCCUCUUCAACUUCCACUUUAUUCUCUCUCAAGAAGCCACCAGCAGCUUCACCAUUACAUCUUAAACACCUUUUGAAUAAUACCCAUAAAACUAUCAACAAGAAUAAGAAGGUUUGGAGGGGAAUAUGCAGAGCAGAGUUAUCAAACGACACGCCGUUUAUACCAGAUUUGCUGCUAUGGGCAUCAUCAGUUUUAUCCCGNUCCUCUUCAACUUCCACUUUAUUCUCUCUCAAGAAGCCACCAGCAGCUUCACCAUUACAUCUUAAACACCUUUUGAAUAAUACCCAUAAAACUAUCAACAAGAAUAAGAAGGUUUGGAGGGGAAUAUGCAGAGCAGAGUUAUCAAACGACACGCCGUUUGUUAUUGCAAUUGGGGCUUGCAUGUUAAGCUCACUAGUUCUUCCAACUCCGACUAGUGAGGAAGGGGAUGCUGAUACUGCUCUUGAUUCAACAGAUACCAGAUUUGCUGCUAUGGGCAUCAUCAGUUUUAUCCCGUACUUUAAUUGGCUGAGUUGGGUUUUUGCUUGGCUUGAUACCGGGAAAAGGCGCUAUGCUGUGUACUCUAUUGUUUACUUGAUUCCUUAUCUGAGGUCAAAUUUAUCAUUGUCCCCUGAGGAGAGUUGGUUGCCUAUUGCUAGCAUUAUUUUCUGCAUUGUUCAUGUUCAGCUAGAAGCAAGUAUCAGAAAUGGAGAUAUUCAGGGAUUUCAGUUAUUUAGUCAGGCUGAAAAGCAUCUUUCUUCGAUGACUAAAAAGAAAGAUAGUCAUAUGGAGGGGCAUCAAGACAUUUCUAAGGAGGGGAGAAAAGGAGAGGACAUGAAUUUGCCAUCUGCUGGAGAACAAUCAAGAAAUGAGUUCCGACAGCAGGGUGUUCCUGAAAAGCCCUCCAAGCAUGAGGAACUCUUGAAUGGAGAUAGUGAUGAUGACGACAAGAAAAGGGAAUAUUAGCAACUCGGCAUUCAUGUAUGAGUUCGCUCAAUUACAAUGUGUGGCAUUUAGUUUAACUUCAUGCUUAAAAUAUCAAUGCCACUCCAGAACCAACAGAGCAAGAGUAGCAAAUAUUUUGACCUAUAUGGAGAGUUGAUUGAGAGAGAAAUAGAUUGUAUGUUUUUAAUUA